AUGGGGAGCUGGGCUUUUAUCUCGGAGCUCGUUAUCCCGAGUGUUCCCGUUCUCUCCUUGCAGUCAGGGAUCCAGACCAGCCAGGAUGCACGUUUCUACGCCCUCUCGUCCCGCUUCGAGCCCUUCAGUAACCGGGACAAGACGCUGGUGGUGCAGUUCACUGUCAAACACGAGCAGAACAUCGAUUGUGGAGGUGGUUAUGUCAAGCUCUUUCCUGCCAGCCUGAACCAGGAGGAUAUGCACGGCGACUCUGAGUAUAACAUCAUGUUUGGCCCUGAUAUCUGCGGACCCGGCACAAAGAAGGUUCACGUUAUCUUUAACUACAAAGGCAAGAACGUGCUUAUCAACAAGGACAUCCGCUGCAAGGAUGAUGAGUUCACCCACCUCUACACCCUCAUCGUCCGCCCUGACAACACCUAUGAGGUGAAGAUUGACAACAGUAAGGUGGAAUCGGGGAGCCUGGAGGACGAUUGGGAUUUCCUCCCUCCUAAGAAGAUAAAAGAUCCUGAGGCCAAGAAACCCGAUGACUGGGAUGAGCGUGCCAAGAUUGACGACCCCGAGGACUCCAAACCUGAGGACUGGGAUAAACCCGAACACAUCCCUGACCCUGAUGCCAAGAAGCCAGAAGACUGGGAUGAAGAGAUGGAUGGGGAGUGGGAGCCCCCCGUCAUCCAGAACCCUGAGUAUAAGGGCGAGUGGAGACCCCGACAGAUUGACAACCCCGACUACAAGGGCAAAUGGGUGCAUCCUGAGAUUGACAACCCUGAAUACACCCCUGAUCCCAGCCUCUAUGCCUACGACAGCUUUGGGGUCAUCGGCCUCGACCUCUGGCAGGUGAAAUCUGGAACCAUCUUUGACAACUUCCUUAUCACCGACGACGAGAAGUUUGCUGAGGAGUUUGGCAACGAGACUUGGGGGGCAACCAAGGAGGCUGAAAGGAAGAUGAAGGAGCAGCAGGAUGAGGAGCAGCGCCAGAAGCAGGAGGAGGAGGACAAGCAGCGGAAAGAGGAAGAAGGGGACGAGGACGGUGAUGGGGACGAAGAGGAGGAAGAAGAUGAUGAAGAGGACGAGGCUGAAAAGGAGGAGGAGGCCGGGGGGGCCCCCAAGGACGAGCUGUAAGCCCCCCCCCG